CUCGCAAUCUGGGUCGUCGGCGUCCUAGGCCCCCUCUUCUUCGUUGUCACGCAGUUCUCUGGCUCCGACUCUCCCUCUUCCCCACACCUAAAGAUCCGAAUCUAGGGAGCGGGUUCCACCACCCCAAGAUUCUCGUGGCGACCUCGCAACAACCUUUUUCAGCUCUUCCCAUCUCUUCGGUUGCCGAAUCUCUCUCGCCUUCUCUCCUUGAGGCUUUUAUAAUCAGCCUGUUCUUGGUUCAUCUCGUUUCUGUGGAGUGGAGACAAUUUUUUCGGGUGAUAGAUUUCGUCUCAGAAACUCUUAAACUACCGUUGCUUUCUACUUGCUCCUCUGAUUUGCGCCGAGAAACAACCACUAUAUAAUUAUCAGCGAUUUCUUUCGUUCCACUCGAUCCAACCUUGUUGAUUUCCUUUAAAGGCAGCGCCUUUGCCAAUCUACUUUUGUUGAGACAGAUGUCUAGUUAGUUCUUGAAGAAGAUAAGGCUUCCUCGCAGAUUAUUCUGUUGCUUUACUUUGAUUUUGUCAGUUUUGCCCUCAAUUUCCACCCGGAUAGGACCCGAGCAUUCUUUUAUUUCUUUCUUUCCCCAUAAUGGCCAUGUCGCUGAGCCGCUUCUCCCAGUGGAUAUGGCCGGGGAGCAGAACUAGAAAUCCUAGAGGCCGCGAGCCACCGGCGGGGAGCACGGCCUUGACGGAAGGCCUCUUCCCGGACUCCCCGUCGGGGUUCCGGGAUCCAGACCCUGGUUCUGGCGCGGCACAGCGGCGUAAGGGCAAGAGCCGCCGUCGCGGUGGCCGCGUGGAGGCGAAGGUCGAUGGCGAGCACGGCAUGGUUAUCGUGCAGUCCGACGGUGACGGCUGCCUGUCUGACUCGGACUCCGACGGCUCCGACUGGUCCAUCGGCUGGCUCGAGCCGCUCGCGCCGGACCUCCAGAGUGACGUUGACUCCGAGGGAAGCUUCGCCGUCCUCGUGCGGUGCUAUCGCCGCGGCCGCGCUGACCGGCCUGACCGUCCUGAUGGCAAGUUCCCUGCUCCUGGUGGUGUCGCUCACGGUCACGGUGGUGUUUCUGGUAACAAGAAUUUUGUGGAGCAAUGAGUGUCUUCCCUUCAGAACUGAUUUCUCCAUUUCCAUUCUUAGUUGGCUUCAAUGUGUAUACAGCAUUUUUACAUGACCUGUCAAAUUUCUCAUGUGCGAAACAUAUAUAUGAAGGAAGAGAGGAAACCCAAAAUGGGGAAGAAAGAGGAAAGAAUCACAGAACAAAACACUACCAGUGGAUUUUUAUUAAAAAAAUGCAAUGGAUGGGGGGGGGGGGGGGUGCAUCGUUCUUCCUGAGGUUCCAGGCUACGGUAUUAUUGCAGAAUAAAACAUGUUUUGUGAUUGGAUUCAAAUGUUAUUGACAUUUCUGACAAUGAGCAAUGAAUUGAUGGCCUCAUCCCAUUUUCUUGUAAACUGCAUCAUUGUCAUUGGCAUGAUUAUUCUUCCGUUUUCAUGAACAACGGGAACUGAACUCUUUUCGAUUCCACGAAUCUUUUUUAUCAAAAUCAUUUUAUGUU